GAAUGCGCUUCCAGGAAUCGCUUGAGCCUGCCUUCACAAAAGGGGAAGUUUGGAGUCCGCGACUCCUGGCAGUGGUGGAGAAUUUGUCAGCUCCGCGCCGCCUAGACCUCUGAGAUGCUGCUGAGCCCGGUCACCUCCACUCCUUUCUCCGUAGACCACAUCCUCAGGUUGGAGCGUGAGCCGAACGAAGCCGACGCCAAGACUCGGUCACAAUGGGAAUUUCAUAAGAACCUAGAAAAGCCUCAGUACCUAACAAUGGGCUCGGAAUCCGGAGGGUCAGAGGGUGGCGACUGGGCACAAGCUGGCUCAGACCCUCUUCGGUGCCCCUGGGAGACAGUCGUGGAGAUGGAGCCAGACACUCCCCCGCGCGCGACCUCCACGCUUGGAACUGGGAACCCGAGGAUGGAGCGCGGUGCGGGCAACGGCGGUGACAGUGUACACCGAGGCGACCCGGAGGCGGCAAGGACGCGGCAGCGGCGGAAACCCCGCGUGCUCUUCUCGCAGACCCAGGUGCUGACGCUGGAGCGCCGCUUCAAGCAGCAGCGGUACCUGUCUGCACCGGAGCGCGAGCAUCUGGCCAGCGCGCUGCAGCUCACGUCCACGCAGGUCAAGAUCUGGUUUCAAAACCGACGCUACAAGUGCAAGAGGCAGCGCCAGGACCAGACCCUGGAACUGACGGGCCACCCGCUAACACCGCGCCGGGUGGCAGUGCCGGUACUGGUGCUGGAUGGCAAGCCCUGCCAGGGUCCCGACGCCCACGCGUUCCCGGGUUCCUACGCGGCCACCGCGCCCCAUUCUUGCUUCGGGAGCUACUCCGGCCCUUCCUAUAGUGCUAGCUACGCGGGCCGCUACACCAGCAUCGGUCCCGGGCCACUCACACCACUGGCCAGCUCUGGCUUCAGCCCAGGUGUCCCGAGUUCUGCCACGCAGGGUCAGCUGCCCGCCACGCUACAGAGAGUCGCGGCCUGGUGAAAAGAUGGGCUCAGUUACUGCCAUUAAGGGCCUGGUGCCUGGUCCCCUCCGCUUCCAGCUUCUCGCCAGAGAAUUGAGUGUCCUCCGCCAAGGGCUGGAAAGCGGCGAUCCCCGCAUUGCCCACCUUACUGACCACACGACUGACUUGCCCAGAGGAGUUAUCCCCAACCCCAGCGGGCGCUGAGAACAUUCUUUCCCUCGGAGGUGUAACCCGGCUUUGGCUGGUCACCUAGUUGCUGUGCAGAGAGGAUAGUAUGGUGGCUGACAGUUUGGAAGCAGGUGAUUCUGAGCCACAACCCGUUUUAAACAAUUACAAGCAUCCCGGAGGCCUGGGGAUCAAGGCGUUCCGCACUCCAUCCCCCUAAAGGAACAAGUGCACGGCCACAGGGGUACUAGGUUGAGAAGAGAGAAAUGUCAAACCGCUGAAGAUACCAGAAGACCACCAGUCUGAAGUGCCCGCAGACAGGGUUUAAGCACCCUGGACCUUCCGGAACAUUCACCUUCCAGCACUUUCCCUGGCGGUGACUUGCAGAGGGGUCCUCUCCACUCUCAACAACUGCAUUUUGUGCAGGGAACAGCCGGACGAGUAAAUGAAUUAACUGUAUUCGGUGUGUUUGCGAGUUACAGACACCAGGACCCACAAGAGGUUCUCAGAGGGCGCGAUGGCACACACCUGUAAUUUCAACACUCGGGAGACCCAAGUGGGAGGAUUGGGGAGUUCGAGGCCAAUCUGGGCUUCAUAAGGCGACCCUGUAUCCAAAGUAAAAUAAGAUAAGUCUAGUGAGAUACAGCCGAGAUGAAACCUGAAGGUAGGUUAUCGGGUUUCUCUUCUCGCUUUUGCUCCUGUUUGUAGAUACUCUUAGAGGACACUUAGAGUCUUCAUCAGGAAAAAUAGCCCUGCCCCAACCCAAGAUAAAUAUUAAAAGAUAGUAGAAAUUUUAACUGUGGAGUCUUCAAACUUAUGAAAAAUUUACACUUCCCCCAACCGUAAGUCAUUCAACAUGAAGACUGAAAAUAAACUCAAUUUAUUAAUGGGAGCAUGGAAUCAAAUAGGAAUUUAACUAUGAUAGGACAAAUAGAGCAAGGCCUUGAGUAGAAAAAUGUGAUGUCAGCUUCCUUGGACACAAUGAGAAUCCCAAUUCUGCACUCCCUCAAUUGAUCUCAAUAGCUAAAUUCUACUAUUGAACAGGUUUCUGUAUUUGGUUAAAAGGGACUCCCUGAAGUUUUCCCUGGACAGCAACUCCCAGGUUGCUCCCAUUAAAGUGAGGAAGGGGUGGGUUCGAUCUUCUCUGGAAGAUGCUCAACUGUUGGCCCCUCACAUCCCUUAAGAGUUAAAUGCCUAAGCUGGGGAGCCAAAGCCACUGUUCCUAUUUAAAAUUUCCUACCA